GUUAAAUGGAAUGUUCUUGGUCGCAUGAUGUAUGAAUCUUGAAUCACAAAAUUACUCUGAUAUUACUUCACCAAGAACAUUGUGCCUCUGUCUAAAUGUUAGUAUCAUAGAAUUUAUAUGACUGUUGUACAUUAUUACCUCAAAAACUGGUUGUUACCAAAUAAUCGACAAACGUCACAUUCUCGACGAUCAGGAAAAAUUCUGUCUACGCCUCUCUCUCCCCUAGUGAAAAUUUUGGCCCAGAACUACUAGAAAAGAAAGAGGAGAGAGGAGAAGGAAGAGAUGUUGAAAUUCUUGUCCAAGGUAAGGAUCGAGUUCAAUGCGCUGGACCCACGCGCAGCAUCGUGUAUGGAGUUCUUGGCGCAGUGCCAUGCCCGCAAUGCCAAAGAAUCGAACCCCUCUUGCCAGGUUCAAGUCAAUCGCCGAACCGACGAUUCCCCGCCCAAGAUCACCGUCACUUUCGUCAAUGGCGUUGAGGAAACCUUCGACGCCAACUUAACGCCCGCCCAGGAUAUGCGCAACUCGAUUCUCGAGAAGGGUCAGUAUAUUGAGGCGGAGCAGAUGUUUCGUGAAGCUGGUGAGAAGUGGCCUGUUGAUAUCCCUGAAGAAGAGCUCCGACAACCGUGUGGGGGGGCCAAGAAGUGACUAAACCCCUUCCAAUUUUCACUAUGUCCAUCAACAACAUGUAAACCCUUGGAGAGGAUGAUAGAAACAUAGCUUAGCUGCGCUUGGAGAUUCAUUCACUCUAUACUUUAUCAUUUAAUCAGUAAAAAAAAGUUGAGUGUUUGUUGAGAUGUUGCUUCAAUGCUUCUACUUCAUAUGGACUUGUUGCUUGGGAUUCUACUUCAUCUUUAUAUACAAGUAAGAAUAUGUGAAGAGCUAUGCCCAUUGAAAUGAAGGAUUUUUUAUUGAUUUUCUGCUCCAUUCUCAAUUCAUGGAGAUCUUCAAAGUAGUCCAAAA